GCCAUGGCUGCGGGCGGACGCGCGGGUCGGGCGGCGGUUGCGGCCAUGGCGCUGAGGCGGCUCCUGCUGCGCUACUUCCCGCCGGGAAUUAUUCUGGAAUAUGUAGAAGGUGGUGAGUCAAAGACCAGAUCAAUAGAUCUGCUUGAUCUUAGACCUGACACAGAUGUUACAGCCUUAGUAGAAGAAAUCCAAAAAAAAGAACCUCUCAUCACAGCUUCCUGCUUGGAACAUGUCAUACAUCUAGUGCAAAGAUUGCAGGAGAAGCUAGGGGAAAAACAGAAUCACAAAUUCUCUCUUUUUAAGGUGCUUAGAACACACAUAUUGCCUCUGACUAAUGUUGCAUUUAACAAAUCUGGUUCUCGCUUUAUCACUGGAAGCUAUGACAGAACCUGCAAACUGUGGGAUACAGCAUCAGGAGAAGAGCUGCAUUCUCUGGAGGGACACAGAAAUGUUGUCUAUGCAAUAGCUUUCAAUAACCCCUAUGGUGACAAGAUUGCCACUGGAUCUUUUGAUAAAACCUGCAAAGUGUGGAGUACAGAAACAGGAAAAUGUUAUCAUACCUUCAGAGGACAUAGUGCAGAAAUAGUAUGUUUAUCAUUUAAUCCUCAGAGCACACUCUUGGCAACUGGAAGCAUGGAUACCACUGCCAAGUUAUGGGAUCUAGAGAAGGGAGAAGAAGUAGCCACUUUAAAUGGGCACUCAGCAGAAAUUAUUGCUCUGUCUUUCAACACCACUGGAGACAGGAUCAUCACUGGCUCCUUUGACCAUACAGUAGCAGUAUGGGAUGUUGGCACUGGCAGGUUGUUACAUACUUUAAUAGGCCACCGAGGAGAGAUUAGCAGUGCCCAGUUCAACUGGGACUGUUCUCUCAUUGUCACUGGAUCAAUGGACAAAACGUGCAUGCUGUGGGAUGCUGUGACAGGGACACACAUAGCCACGCUGGCAGGGCACAGCAAGGAGGUGCUGGAUGUGUGCUUUGACUACACCGGGCAGCGCAUUGCGACGGCCUCUGCCGAUGGGUCAGCAAGAGUCUAUAAUGCAGGAACAAAACAGUGCAUUGCAAAGCUAGAAGGACAUGAAGAUGAAAUUUCAAAGACAUCUAAAAUUUUGCUACAGCAAAACAAAAACAGUCUGAAAACUUUCCUGAGGCCCAAUGCAGGUAUCAGCAGUGACAUACAAGGUAAUCAAGAAAAUCUAGAUCUUCAUUUUAGAACUGAAAUUUAAGAGAAUAUGGCCAUGAACAAAUUUGUGCAAAGGCAUGGGCACACCCUCCCAUCUCUCCAGUGGCACAUACCAGCACCAGAGAGGUGACUAAGCCAUUUUCUCACAAUGCCUUGCUAUGAGGGAGGUGUGGAUGAACAAAAGGCAAAGGAGCAUGCCUUUGGUGUAAUAAGUACUGAACUCGGAUCAGGUUUCCUUCAUUUCAGUCAUGGGAUGCACGAUGAUCU